AUGUUCUCUACCAAGCGCCUUCUCGCCUUCGUCUGCUUAGGGCUGGCGUACGCCGCCCCACAAUCGGCGAACUUCCGGGUUCACGAGCAGCUCGUUGCCGCCCCCCGUGGCUUCACGUCCGUCGGGCCCGCCCCCGCUACGAAGAUCAUCAGCUUGCGCAUCGCUCUCGCGCAGAGCGACAAGGACGGGCUCGUCGAAGCGCUGUACAGCGUGAGCGACCCGAAGAGCGCGAAGUACGGCCAGCAUUUGUCUAAGGCUGAGGUCGAGGCAUUCGUCGCUCCUAGCUCCGUUACCAAGGCCGCAGUGAAUGCGUGGUUACAGGAGAACGGGCUGAACGCCACGAGCAUCUCUCCUGCGGGAGACUGGAUCGGCGUUGACAUUGCCGUCAGCAAGGCGAACUCGCUGUUCGACGCUGACUUUACGACUUUCGCGUACCAGAGCUCGGGCAAGCAGGUUGUUCGAACGCUGUCGUACUCUCUCCCGGAGGCCCUGCAGGGGCACGUCGACCUUGUGCACCCAACGAUCAAUUUUCCCAAGCCCAUCGAUCUUCGCCUACCCAAGACGAAGCGGGCCUUCCACGAAAUCGUUCCAAUGAAGCGAGACGUGGCCUCCACCUGCGCAAACGGCACGAUCCCGGCGUGCCUCCAGGAUCUGUACCAGAUCCCGACUACCCCAGCCACAAACAACAACAAUUCGCUAGGCGUGACGGGGCUCUUCGGCAACAACGCACACUACGCAUUCCUCGAAAAAUUCCUGCAGACGUACCGGCCGGACAUGGAUCCCACGACGAACUUCACGGUAGUCGGGAUUGAUGGCGGGGUCAACGACCAGGACGGGUCUUCAGUAUCUGAAGGGGAAGCGGACAUACAAUAUACAGUCGGUGUUGCUACCGACGUCAAUGUCACCUAUUACUUCAUUGGACCAGACGUGAAUGAUGACCCCACUGGGGGCUUUAUAGACGAGGCAAACUUGCUUCUCAGUCUGGAGAACCCUCCGCUAGUACUCACGACGAGCUACGCGGACUCGGAGAGUGGGCUCUCCUUCGACCUAAUCGAUAAACUGUGCCGGCUGUAUGCGCAGCUCGGCGCGCGCGGCACAACUAUAUUGUUCGCAUCCGGAGACAGCGGGCCGGGAUGUCUAGAGGACAGCAGUGCGAACUUCGCGCCGACGUUCCCGUCCACCUGCCCUUACGUCACUUCUGUAGGAGGCACACAGAGCUUUAGUCCGGAACAAGCGUGGCCCGGCUCUUCUGGUGGAUUCUCAAACUACUUUCCGACACCCGACUACCAAGCCGCGGUCGUCUCCGCGUAUCUCGCUACGCAUGGAAGCAAGAAUGCGGGGCGCUUCAACGCGAGCGGGCGUGCAUUCCCCGACAUCGCUGCGAAGGCCGACCAUUUUGUCGUCCUGGAACCAGACGUGUUCUCUUUCACGGGCACGAGCGCCGCCAGCCCGACAGUGGCGAGCAUCGUCGCCUUGCUCAACGAUAGGCUACUGAACGCGGGGAAGCCCCCGCUGGGCUUCCUAAACCCGUGGCUGUACUCGGAGGGCUUUGCGGCGUUCACGGAUAUCACCACAGGUAACAGCUCAGUUCAUUGCUCUCAGAGCGAUACGGCGCGAGGAUUUGAUGCGGAGGUUGGUUGGGAUCCGGUUACGGGCUUGGGUACCCCUCGCUUUGACAAACUAGUCUCUUUGCUUGGAUUGUGA